AUGUCAGACUACCACAUAGUUGCUGCGUCGAACCAGUAUGCUUUACCAGUUGUAACGUAUUUCAUGUGGACCCAGACUUGCCGACUUACAGCAGUUGGAUAGAGAAGUGCGUAAAGUUAUCGUGGAGAAUGGUGGGAACCACCCCCUGGGAUCUGUAGCACAACUCUACAUUUCAAGAAAGAACGGUGGAAGAGUCAUUAGAUCAGUUGAAGCGGAGUAUAAAAGCACGAAGAUCAAAGCAGUUGUAAAGUUAUUUGAGAACCCAGAUACGACCAUGAGCGCCGUGAGGAAGUUUGAAGAGAAGGCGGUGCAGACGAGGUGUCACUCAUCAUCAAAGAUGCUGAAAAGUAUUCCUCAGAGCUACACUUAA